AUGGCCGCACCAGACGGCUACGGCCCUCCACCAGGCUACCCUGGAGAUAAUGACGACACGCCUUAUGCCAACCGUAAUAAUGGCUCGUCCAUGCGACUCCUGACUCAGAGCGACGACGGCAGCUACCAGCCCGCACAACCUUCACCCACUCAGCGCUCGCCGUACGAUCUCUUCUCCGGUGCUCAACAUCGAUUAUCGGGCGAGACAGGCCGACAGGACAUCCCACAAGCCACGCGCGUGACAGGCAACGACAGUGACCUGAGCAGUCUACUACGAGAGGUCGAAAGCGAUCUCUCCAGCGCACGACCGUCUGCCCCUCGUACACGAACAGCAAAGGUCCGCUUCAAGAGCAAGGAUAAGACACCUCCGAGCACGAUACUAGAUCCAAGUAUCGUAUCUGCGCCGCUGCUUUCCAGACACGGCUCAGUUCUCGACAACGCUCCACAAAUGCCACCUCCUACCGCUGAGGCUCCAGCAUAUUCGCCAUACAGACCGUCGUCAAGAGGCUCGCAGUCGCCCAGCCGCCCACUCUCGCCGCUGAGAAGCUCUGUGGACUACAGUCGGCCACCUGCCACGAAUGUACCAUACGCGCCAGCAGACAUUAAUGGUGGGCCUCGGCCAGGCACGCCUUCUUCACACUAUGGCUCUCCUCGGAGACCACUCCCACCACAGCCACUUUUUGCGGGUGGGAGACCCCCAUCUUUCGACAUGGGUGAAGGUGCGCCAGCAACAUCGAGCGUCUCGAUCGAGCCUGAUGCAGACGAUCCUUUUGGCCCAGCAACUGUCGCCACAGAGGAGACACUAGAUGAUGAGGACAGCGAUCCUACACGCCCGCCGCUUAGGCCACACGAUAGUUUCGUGUCGACCUCGACGGUCACCGAUAGUAUCUACGAUGAGAAAGAUGCGGAACUUUAUGGUCCGGCGCCUACAGGCAAGCAAGAGCGUAGAGGCGCAAGACAGGCUCAGAUGGCGACAAAGGAGGUCAGACUGAUCAAUGGCGAGCUCAUUUUGGAGUGCAAGAUUCCGACAAUAUUAUACUCCUUCCUGCCACGACGAGACGAUGUCGAGUUCACCCACAUGCGCUACACUGCUGUGACUUGCGAUCCAGAUGAGUUUCAAGACAGAGGCUACAAGCUGAGGCAGAACAUUGGUUUCACUAGCAGAGAGACCGAGUUGCUGAUCUGCAUCACAAUGUACAAUGAGAACGAGAUCGACUUUACUCGGACGAUGCACGGUGUCAUGCGCAACCUUUCACAUUUCUGUAGUCGUGCCAAGUCGCGCACCUGGGGCAAGGAUGGCUGGCAGAAGAUCGUGGUUUGUAUCAUCUCGGAUGGGCGAGCGAAAGUGCAUCCUCGGACACUGGAUGCCAUCGCCGCUAUGGGCUGCUACCAACAUGGCAUCGCCAAGAAUACAGUCAACCAGCGCGAAGUCACUGCUCACGUCUACGAAUACACGACUCAAGUUUCCCUCGACGCCGACCUCAGAUUCAAGGGCGCUGAAAAAGGCAUUGUGCCUUGCCAGAUGAUCUUCUGCCUCAAAGAAAAGAAUGCCAAGAAGCUGAACAGCCAUCGUUGGUUCUUCAAUGCAUUCGGACGAGCACUUCAACCAAAUGUGUGCAUCCUGCUGGAUGUCGGCACCAAGCCUGGAGACGACUCAUUGUAUCACCUGUGGAAGGCCUUCGACCGCGACUCGAGCGUGGCGGGCGCAGCAGGAGAGAUCAAGGCGGCAAAGGGCAAAGCGUGGUUGCAGCUUCUGAAUCCCCUGGUGGCCUCUCAAAACUUCGAGUACAAGAUGUCCAACAUCCUUGACAAGCCCUUGGAGUCAGUCUUUGGGUAUAUCACGGUCUUACCUGGUGCCUUGAGUGCCUACAGGUACCAUGCUCUACAGAACGACGAGAACGGUCACGGUCCGCUAAGUCAAUACUUCAAAGGCGAAACACUACAUGGACAGGACGCAGACGUCUUCACCGCGAACAUGUACCUUGCCGAGGAUCGUAUUCUAUGCUGGGAGCUGGUGGCAAAACGUAACGAGAGAUGGGUGCUGAAAUAUGUCAAGGCUGCGACUGGUGAGACUGAUGUCCCGGAUGCAGUACCAGAGUUCAUCUCCCAGCGUCGUCGUUGGCUCAACGGUGCCUUUUUCGCUGCAGUAUACUCGCUACUACACUUCCGUCAGAUCUGGAGCACCGACCACAGCAUUGCACGGAAAAUCCUGCUCCAUAUCGAAUUCAUCUACCAGUUCGUCAGCUUGCUCUUCACAUUCUUCUCGCUCGGCAACUUCUACCUGACGUUCUACUUUGUCGCUGGCUCCCUUGGUGACCCGAAGAUGGAUCCCUUCGGCCACGGCAUCGGCAAAUAUGUCUUCGGCUUGUUCAACUAUGUCUGCGUGCUCCUGAUCAUGAUGCAAUUCGUGCUCUCCAUGGGCAACAGACCGCAGGGAGCGAAGAAGAUGUUCUUAGGCUCGAUGAUCACUUUCGCUGUGAUCAUGGUGUACACCACGUUCGCGUCGAUCUAUAUCGUCGUUAGGCAGCUGACCGACAAGGACAACCUCCAGUUCGGCAACAAUCUCUUCACCAACAUGAUCGUAUCCUGUCUAUCCACCAUUGGAUUGUACUUCAUCAUGAGCUUCCUAUACCUGGACCCUUGGCACAUGUUCACCAGCUCAGCGCAGUACUUCGCCUUACUACCGAGUUACAUCUGCACACUACAAGUCUACGCUUUCUGCAACGCGCACGACGUGACCUGGGGAACCAAAGGCGACAACGUAAUCACGAAAGAUCUCGGAGCCGCGAAUUCCGGCAAGAACGGUACAGUCGAGCUCGACAUGCCCUCCGAACAACUCGAUAUCGACAGCGGCUACGACGAAGCCCUACGCAACCUCCGCGACCGCGUCGAAGUGCCCCAACCGGGUGUGAGCGAGUCUCAACAACAAGAAGAUUACUACCGCGCCGUCCGAACCUACGUCGUUAUUGUCUGGCUGACCUGCAACGCCAUCCUCAUCAUGGCCGUCUCACAAGCCUACAGCGGCACGCACAUCAAGAGCAACUUCUACCUGAAAUUCAUCCUCUGGUCUGUAGCCGGUCUGGCAUUGUUCCGUGCGAUCGGAUCCAGCACAUUCAUGCUCAUCAAUGUCAUCCACUCCAUUGCGGAGGGGAAGCUGAAGUGGGCGAAUAGGAGUAGUAAGAAGAGUGUCAUUAGUGGGUCGAGUCGGAGCUCGGGCUGGACGAGCAAAAUGAGUAUGCCGGGUUGGAUGAGCAGUGGUGGGAGUUGGGUUAGUAGUAAGGUUAGUACGUGGACGCCUAGUAGUAUCGGCAGUUCGAUUGGGCGAUGA